AUCCGAAACCGCCUCCAACUCGGUGGCUCCCGCGCGGCUAGCGGGUCCACGGGGGACGCCGGCUCUGCGCCGCGGUGUUCGACGGGACGUCGGCAGAGAGCGACCUCGGGGUUAAGGGGUGGGGCUGACGUCAGGAGCCAAGAUGGCGGCGGUGGUCGCGGUCUCCUUGAGGCGCCGGUUCCCGGCCACCGCGCUCGGCGGAGCGUGCCUGCAGGCCUGCCGAGGGGCUCAGACAGCUGCAGCCGCAGUUCCUCGAAUUAAGAAAUUUGCCAUCUAUCGAUGGGACCCUGACAAGACCGGAGAUAAACCUCACAUGCAGACUUAUGAAAUUGAUCUGAACAAAUGUGGUCCCAUGGUAUUGGAUGCUUUAAUCAAGAUUAAGAAUGAAAUGGAUUCUACCUUGACCUUCCGAAGGUCAUGCAGAGAAGGUAUCUGUGGCUCCUGUGCCAUGAACAUCAAUGGAGGCAACACGCUCGCCUGCACCCGCAGGAUCGACACCGACCUCAACAAGGUCUCAAAAAUCUACCCCCUCCCGCACAUGUACGUGAUCAAGGACCUCGUUCCCGAUUUGAGCAACUUCUAUGCACAGUACAAGUCCAUCGAGCCCUACUUGAAGAAGAAGGAUGAGUCCCAGGAGGGCAAGCAGCAGUACCUGCAGUCCAUGGAAGAUCGUGAGAAACUGGACGGGCUCUAUGAGUGCAUCCUCUGUGCCUGCUGCAGCACCAGCUGCCCCAGCUACUGGUGGAAUGGAGACAAGUACUUGGGGCCCGCAGUUCUUAUGCAGGCCUAUCGCUGGAUGAUCGACUCCAGAGAUGACUUCACAGAGGAGCGCCUGGCCAAGCUGCAAGACCCCUUCUCCCUGUACCGCUGCCACACCAUCAUGAACUGCACAAGGACCUGUCCCAAGGGUCUGAAUCCAGGGAAGGCUAUUGCUGAAAUCAAGAAGAUGAUGGCGACCUACAAGGAGAAGAAAGCUGCGGUUUAGCUGUUUCCCUGCUGAGCGCGGCUUCUGACCAGCUCAGAGCUGAACGUGGCUCAUAUCUAACUUGAUUUCCUUUGAAGGUCUUGAUUUUUCCAUGAAUACGGCAUGUAUGAUAAAAGUUAUAAGAAAUCA